AUGCAGAUACUUCGGUUGAAUUUUUUAAUAUACACCGUGGGUGGUGUGUGGCGACCUAUCGCGUGGUCGUCAAAUGUUGCUAAGUUCUUGUAUAACGUGUUCACCUUCUGUACAAUUAUACCGCUGUACUUUUUGAUGCUGACUCAAUUUAUGGAUCUCGUUCUUAUCGUCGAUAAUAUAGACGAUUUUACCACCAACUCUCUCAUGUUCAUGUCUGUCGUCGCCGUUUGUUGUAAAGCCACGAUCGCCGUGUUCCGUCGGGAGGAGAUCAUCAGUUUGGUGCAGAUGUUGCUAACAGAGCCGUGUAGGCCACAAGAUGAGAAUGAAGUAGCAAUACAAAUGAAAUUCAACAAGUUCAUUAGAUCAUGGUCGAUUCGAUAUUCGCUUCUAGCGACGAGUUCCGUUACGGGCGUCACGGUGAGGUCGGUGUUGAACAUGAUGCACGGUAUCUUGCCGUACCGAGUAUGGUUGCCAUACGACUCGAAUGUGUCUCUGUCGUUCUGGAUCACGUCCAUUCUACAGACCGUGUCCUUGAUUUUCGCCACUAUCAUCAACGUCGGCACGGAGACUCUGAUUUUCGGCUUGUUCUUGCAAACGUGCGCGCAACUUGAAAUUUUCGAGAAGCGUCUUUACAAACUGGUGAUUAACAAAACGACAACGAGAUUAACCGACAAACAUGGAAAACGUUGCUCAGCAAGUUACAAGAAAGAACUAAUAUCUAAUUACAUACACCAUCAUCUCAGCAUUUACCAGUAUGCCAAAAUGGUAAACAGCGUAUUCAACCAAGUAUUAUUUGUCCAGUUCUUCGUCAGUAUCUUGGUAUUGUGUACAAGUGUGUAUUACUUGUCGUCUCACAUUCAGGAAUCUGAAGCUGCAACUAUAAUAAUAUACACUGUUUGCAUGUUUCUACAAAUUUAUAUCUAUUGCUGGUCCGGAAACGAAGUCAUUCUUAAGAGUGCGAGCAUAGGAGAUGCGGUAUAUCAUACGGACUGGCCUCUGUUAUCUGUCAGCGAGAAAAGAGAUCUGCUGAUGAUUAUGAAACGUAGCACAAUUCCUAUCAAAUUUACGAGCAGUUUCUUGGUAACACUAUCUUUGCAGUCUUACGGUAACAUUCUCAAAACCUCAUACUCAUCAUACAACGUGCUACUACAAUCCUGAGAUAUAAAUUGUUGAGAAUAACGAAUGAAUAUAUUUGGAGAUAAUAAUAAUGAUAAUGUUGUAGUAUACGUAGAACAAUAGCGGCUGUAUUUAAACAUUGACAUUUUAAACAAUAUAAUUUCUGUUGAAUGUU